CCUUUGCACCCCCUGGACCAUCCGUGAUUCCGUUCAACUUCCAAAGCCGCCACCACCUAGGCUAGGCGCGGACCCAGCCCCUCGUCGGCCCCAUCCAAGCCUCACCGCCGCCUCGUGCCCGCUCCUCCUCCGAUUCACCCCCGAAUCAAGCCGCCGGCGAGCGCCAAUGGCGGAGGACCGGGCCCACAAGGUCACCGACGAGCCCGCCGCCGCGGGCAGGCAAAGGCCUGAAAGGAAGAAGCGGAAGUGGGAUCAGCCCGUGGGGGACUUGGUCUCGGCGGCGGUGACGGCUGCUGCCGUGUCGGGGAUGCCCUUGAUUAAUAUGGGUGCUCUUCCUGGCGUUGCGCUGCCCGGCGUCACCGGGUAUGGAGCUGCUACAUUGCCGGGCGGAGUCCCCGUACCUUAUUCGCUGCCGCCGCAUAUUACACCAUCGGUGCUCCAGAAUGCUUCUGCCGCACUUCAGAAAUUGAGCCAGGCAAAAGUACCAGAUGAGGUCAUAGCGCGGGAAAUUGUUAUAAAUGACGCUGAUCCAUCUGUGCGGUAUAAGCUUACAAAACGGCAAACACAAGAUGAGAUUCAGAGAUGCACAAGCACUGUCAUCAUUACCAGAGGAAAAUAUCACCCUCCAAAUGGACAGCCUGAUGGUGAGAAGCCACUUUAUCUACACAUCUCUGCUGGAUCUCAGUUGAAAGAUAUUGCUGAGCGCAUCAAGGCAGUUGACCGUGCGGCUUCAAUGAUUGAAGAAAUAUUGAAACAAGGCACAAUCUCAGAGUCUACGUCGGCCCCUUUCUCUUCUAGCAGUGGACAGGCUGUUCAUCCUUUUAGUGCCUCAAUAUUUUUGGGUUUUGACGCAGAUCCAUCAUUGAACAUUGCAGCUAGAAUUCGUGGGCCAAAUGAUCAGCACAUAAAUCACAUCAUGAAAGAAACAGGGGUCAUUGUUGUACUAAGAGGAAAAGAUUCAGAUAAUCUUGGCAGUUGUCUCGGUGAAGCUUCACAACAACCUCUACACCUAUACCUCACAAGUAUGCAUUUGAAGAGCCUAGAAGCUGCAAAAGUUUUGGCAGAGAACCUCCUGGAUACAAUAGCAGCAGAGUUCGGUGCUUCCAGAAUUUCUUCUUCAAAAGUAUAUGGUGCUGUUCCACCUCCUCAGCAGUUGUUAGCUGGUGUUGAUACCUCAGGAGCAAGAUCGGAUGUCCAUUCUACUUUAGGGCCUAAUGUGUUAGCAGGAGCUUCACAUUCCUUUGCAUCUACUGGAGUUAUUUCUCCCAUUGUUGCUCCUGCAGUGACGCUACAAUCUGGGUCUCCAACAUAUGCUGGGGUUCCACCACCCAAUAACAUGACCUAUCCUAUUCCACCAGUAAAUGGUGGGACAUUUUACAGUGGCUAUGGAGACAUUUAUCCCCAAGCAACUCCAUUGCAGCAGGUGGCAUUCACACUCAAACAUGCCUCAUCGUCGACAACUCAGGUAGUUCCAGUGACGUCCACAUUAACAAGCGCGGUGAUAAAGGCGACCUCAAGGUUGGAUGUGGAGAUGGAUAAACGUUCCAGAAGGAAAUUCCAGGAACAACCAGUUUCCAAGGCACCGAUGACAGAAAUUCAGAACUCACAACAGGGGUCCAAAUUUGUUAAGACAGGUUUAGAUAGUUUAGGUGACAUUAGCAUUUCAUCAAUUGCACCUCCAAAGAAAGUUCAGCCUGGACCAAAUGGAAUGCUUCCACCAGACCAAGCGGAUAUGCCAUCGCAUUUCUCUAUCAAUAAUAUGCCACCGCCACCCCCAAAGAGCAUGCUGCCUCCUCCAUCCAAAAAGAUGCCACCUCCACCACCCAGGAGCAUGCCUCCGCCGCCACCCAAAUUUCCUUCAAAUGAGAUAUUGUCAAGAAAUGAGAGCAAGACUUCAAAGGAGUUGACGGCACCUCCAAUGGAUACAAGAUCAGUCUUGCCAGCUCAACUACCGCCAAAGGAGCCUAAGGAGGAAAAGCCAAAAUGUGCGCCUGUAUCUGACACUUUGCUGAAGCUUAUGGGUUAUGGAGACGAAGAUGACGACGAUGAUACUCAUCUCAUGGACAGCAUACCUAAGGGCAGUCCAACUCCUUGUUCAGAGCAGAAACCAUCUUGGGCGGUUUAGAACCGAGUCUGUAGUAGACUGUAGUCUAGCGUGAAAUCGAAUGACAGAUAAGGAUGUUCCCUGCCGAAGUGUAUCUUCCCAAUCAAAGAGGCGAUGGAGCUUGUUCUUGUUCAGUAGCAAUGCUAACAGGCCAAGAGAUUUCUUUGUAUCUUGUAUUCAAUUCAAUCUUCGUCAAAAUGAACCUUGCCACCUUGGGCUGUUCUAACUUACAGAUGAUGAUUUGUUGUUUUAGAUUAGACGUGGUAGUAGCUUGAUGAACUCAUUCCAAAUUAAUUUGGGCGUUACAGUAA